AUGGUGAAGUUGAACACUGAUGGCAGUGCAUUCCACAAUCCUGAAAAAAUUGGCAGGGGAGGACUUCUCAUAAACUCCCAAGGUGACCUUAUCUUUGCAUAUUCAGUCUCUUUUGGAGAAGGGACAAACAACCAAUCAAAGAUAAUGGUUGCCAUCUUUGGCUUAUCUUGGUGUCUUCAAUUAGGAUACACCAAUGUCAUCUUAGAGGUUCACUUUGAGAUGCUCAUCAUAUGGAUCAAACAACAAGCCAAGCCCCUUUGGUCUAUCAAGGAGCACUUGCACAGUUUGCAGACCAUCACUCAACAUUUCCAGAACUUCAAGUGCAAUCACACCUAUAGAGAAACUAAUUGUGCAGCUGAUACCUUGUCCAAACACAGUCACAAAUGCUCUAAUCCUGAAAUUUACUUCACUAAGCAAAAGCUUCCCAAAGAAGAAAGAUCCUAUCUUGAACUUGACAAACUUGGAAUGGCUAAUUUCAGAAGAAGAAGACUCAAGAGGAUCAAGAAACCACCAUGA